UGACAGUAGCUACUGUCAAUGUGACAAACUUAUCGUACCAGCCCAAUCAGCUGGAAAAGGUGUUUAGUAAAUAAAAGAAUUGGUUUGAAUAAUUAAUAAUUUAAACAUCAUGUCUUUAAUGCAAAAUUUGUCGUACAAAGACUAUCAAAAUGCUUUAGAAUUUAGUAUGCAUCAAUGCGAAAUAAUUGCUAAACUAGCAAAUUUUAAAAUAUCUUUUACCAAUGACAAAAAGCCUGGCGAAACGUUAAUCAGAUCGUUAGACCGGUGGGGCGUGUCAGCUAAUAAAUAUAAACAAUUUGUAACUGCUUCUCUAAAUGUGAAAACAAUAUCUACAUACUACAAACCACAGUCUAAAGUGGCGAUCUUAGUGGCUAAUGAUCAAUACGAAUAUAUGUCUAAAUUAGCCACUCCGUCUAUAGACUGUGACUCUUUAGCCACUCACUUGAAGACAAUUGGUUUUAUUGUUAUUAAAAUAAAGAACACCAUUAGCAAGAAUUUGAAGUCAAUUCUUUUAGAUAUAUUUGAUUUGUUGGAAGAAAAUUCUUACUGCUUCUUUUUCUAUGCAGGGCAUGGUUGCCAGUUAUGCAACACAAAAUGUAUGUUAGGCAUAGACUGUCCCACGGAAAACCUGCAAUUGGAACAAUGUGUUACAGAAAACUUUGUACUUAAAGGCAUGGAGAAGUUUAAGCCAGAUCUCUGCAUUAUCACCAUGGAUAUGUGUAGAGUAUAUUUAGAUAGGGAAUCCAACCCAUCCAUAUACUCAUCAAUACACACAGUAGAAGACUAUGCUUUCCACAAAAACGUCUUAAUUACGUACUCGACGCAGUCUUCGCAAGCUGCCUACGAAGUACUCCAAAUAGAAUGUUCAACAAGCAUUGAUAAUGACGUCACAUAUGAACUGAAGACUAAGGACAUGGAUAGAAUCGUGCCGAAUGCCAGUCAGUAUGUAAAUGCGUUGUGUACGAGACUGGGCGAAGAUUUGGAUGUCAGCAGUUUGUUUGAUAAAGUGCAUGAAGAUGUUGAACAGUCCUUCAAGAAACAAAGGCCUAUUAAAAUACAAUGUGGCGUUGAGAAGAGAUCACUCUAUGAUCCUUGUACAGGCGACACUGAAACUUUAUUGAAUAAAUUGCAAGAGGCAACACAGGAUUACAAAGACAACUGUGUAGUAUUUUAAAUAUAGCAUUUACCUUAUUACGCA